GCUUUGUUCCUUUCGGCAGCGCGGGCUGCGUGUGUUUAGGCGUGUCCGGCUUUUGGCGGGCUUUUAGUUUGUCUGCGUUGUCUACGCGCGCCGCAAUUGCAAGACGCUUUGAAGCGAACGGCGGUGGCGUGGCCAUGAGCACGUCCAAAGAUGGAGAUUUUGCCAUUGUCAAGUUUCCUGACGAAGGAGAUGCUGUUGCUGUGGUACGACGCAGCUGGAUACGUGGUGGAAUGUGUAUGUGGCCACAAAAGGCUAAAAAUGUGCAAGAGAUGGUGAGAAGCUGCACUGAGCCAGGUUCAGGAUGGAUUCAAACCACAUGUGUGGUUCUUGGUAUGUAUGAUAAUUAUAAAGAAGCAAGAAAUAAGCUCUCCAAAGCAGAGCUCACGUCAAACUUGGAUACAGACCCUGACGAGCCAAGGAGGAGGAAGAAAAAGCGACAGUUCGAUAGCAGCUCAGAUGAGUCUGUUGAGCCAUACAGUCUUCCAACUCCACCAACACCUCCCAGAAUGCCUUUUGCAGCCUGUGAACUGCUAAGUGAUUCACAAGAGGAGUCUCUUCCUUGCAGUGCCGGUGCCUCGACAGCUAUGUGGGUAAAGCAGCCAAAGAAGCAACCUUUAGUGAAAAGAAGAAAGGGCCCACUCACCCAGAUUUCAGCAGCUACCGGCAGCAAGGCCUCUCCUCGUCACUGCACUGCUCCUGCUGGGACAUCGCGCCACAGCAGCCAGAGUAACGAGGUUGCUAAAGAAUCUACGCGAAGGAAGGACAUGACACCAGCACCAAAAUGUGACCAAAGUGCACUACAGCCAGAGCUUCUAAGACUGCUUCAUGGCAUUCGGUACCGGCAGCUUGAACAUUCGUCACAAUUGAACUUCCUGACAUCCUGGGUGAGAUCACGGAUGAAUAAUCUGGACGAUGAUGUGGAUGACAUAGAAGUGCCGCAAAACUUGGACGCAUUUUUGGAAUUUGAUGAUUCGCUGAAAGGUUCGGCAUCCAUGAAAAAGCAACUGAAGACACGAUGGAAGAAACUUGGGGGAACUGACAUCGUAGAUGCUACAAGGAGGGUCCUGAAGGACCUGCUUUCUGAUCACGUGGCUAUGCACUACAGUUGGCAGGGAGGAAAAGGCAAGCGCCACUUCAGGGAGACAGCAUGCUGCGAAGUGAUGCUAGAUGUCCUAACAAGCAGAACUACUUGUGAUGGAACAGUGGCUGAAAUAGAGAAAGUGACAAAGUCAUGGUUGCGACACGCAAAAGAAAGAAUGGAGCGCAAGGCUGUUAAACACCCAGAUAAUGGCAGAACCAAUGACGAAGCAGCACUUCCAACUGACCUGGGAGAAGCAAGCAUCAUGGAGGAAACGUCCCACAGGCUGCUGGACAUAGAAGCGGACAAUGACGAUUCUGACCUGUAAAUUUAGCUCUAUUUUCCAUGUUGUAUGCCACUAGUCGUGGACAGUAUCUUGCAAACAAUCUUGCUUUGCAUAUUUUCUUGGGUGCCCCACAUUGUACUGAUUAUUUUGUAAUUAUUGUUUACUUUUAAAAUGGGGUAAACUGCUUCUUUUGAUUUUUUUGCAUAAUUGUUUCCUUGUGUUGCAGCGGUGUCUUGUGGUUCCUUACAGACUACCAAGAGCACUGGCAGUGUAAAACUAUUUUUUACUGCAUAAUGUGUGUCCAUCCCCUUGUACUUCACCUUAGCCUGUUCUCCUAUUAGCGGAUCAGGUUACGGCUUGUUUCUCAAGUUUUAUGGCAGUCCCAAACUAGCAAAUGUACCUCACCUGAAUACUAAAAGCCUACCAGCUCUUGCAAGUGUUUCUGUGAAGCCUUGUUUAUUUUUAUGCAGGAUGCUGAUCAGGAAUGCAGUGGUAAAUACCCUUCUAUGGAGACCCUCCAAUCAAUGGUGUCGACCAGAUUUUGCAUUAUUCCCAUUUACCGCCACCAAGCUACUUGCAGUCACCUGCGAUUUCAUGCGAGCGGAUUAAUCGCGACAUUGUCGGAACUGGUCGAUGCCAUUGGCUGAAAGGCCUCAUUUGAAAGUCCUUUGUCGCUAAGUUCGUAAUUGUAUCUAUUAUUGUUUUUCAUUCAGAUCAUUCAAUUCAGUUUUUAUUCAGUUGGCGUGUUUUUAGCAUUGUAUUUUCGAUGUUGUCCUUUUCUUGCACAUUUCCUGGUAGGCUUUUGCAAUACGUCAGGAAUGUUAUAUCUUGGCAUAUUACAAGCACCAAUAUAGCUGCCGCAUUUUGAUAUUACGAAUGCCGUGAAAUUUCCUUCUGUUACAAGGUGUGCACAGAUUUUGGUCUGCUUUUGCUAGCCAGAAAGAAAUUCCUGUCUUUCGACCCUCUCUUUACUGUGUGCGCCCCACUCCUAGUCAGAUAAAUUUUUUGUAGCAGCUAGCCUGAUGCUUUUGACAUGAAAACAGUGUCUAUGCAAUGUGUGAAACUAGUCCUUUCCGCUUCUUGUGAACUGUUAUUGCAUUUAUUUACAUCACAAGCGUGUCAAUCACUGCCAAUAAAAAAAUGGCCUUUCUGAUGUAUGCACAACCUUUGUACCCCUUUUGAAUGCCAAAGCUUUACAUAUUUUCUUAAAAUUUUAUUUCUGUAAGUUUUUGAGAUGGUAGUUUUGUUCACAAUAUUGUUAUAAAUAUGCUGUUUUGAAAUGUGUUUGUGUGGAAAUAUCAUUGUGCAGUUUACAAAAUGACUAGUUACUCGUAAUGAAAGUGCACAUGGUAUGCACAAGUUAUGUGCAGAGCUUUUGAUUAGUGUGCGUGUCUGUCAUAUUGACUGAGAAUUUUGUAAUUCCUAAAAUAAAAUUAUAUUUGAUGUUGAA